GUGCCACCUGUCACCAGCACGUCAACGCCGCUGGUUGGAGUUUUGUCGUCUACCCAAAACAACCGUUGCCUCUCGGCCCCAGACUUGACGGCAGAGAAACGUCUGGUUCUCAACCCCGUUUCGUCCCUCUCGGUCCUGCACAAGCCAGAGCGAUCCAUCAGCCCCGAGAGCAACGACAGCAUCUCGGAAGAGCCGAUUGUCUGCUCCCCGUGUACUCCUCCAAAAAGGCUUCCUGACGGCAGAGUCCUGAGCCCUCUCAUUAUCAAAUCCACCCCGAGAAACCUGAACCGCAGCUUGCAGAAGCCAACCACCUACGAGGCCAGUCCUAGAAUACUGAAAAAAUGGGAGCAGAUAUUUCAGGAGCGGCAGAUGAAAAAGACUCUCUCUAAAGCGACGCUGACGUCCUUGGCUUCGGAGCCCGGGGAAGAUGUUUUAGUUCCCGACAUCACCAACUCCAGCACUUGCACUAAAGAGCAGCCGCAAAUGCAGGACGAUCACCUCCCACCUGACCCAACAGGAGACCCUCGCCCCGAGCUGGAUUUCUUUCCUUCCAUCAGUGAAACGAAGCUGGGAAGAGGGAGCGAGAAGAACAAAGAUUCACAGGCCUUAACAACAGACGACAGCGCUGCCGAACCAGGUGCGAAAUCAAAUGUCACCUCCCUAAACACACGAGUGUCUGAAGUCCCUGACCUAAAAGUGAACACGUUCAUGGACAAAUCCUGUCUUAGUCUUGGCCCAAAAAUGCUGAGCAGAAGACUCAUGGGUGUCAAUGCGUCGCUGCCCGAUAACACCAUGCUAGGAGGUCCCAUCAAGCCAUCGGGAAAAAAACAGCUGAAAUAUCUGAACAACAGCGAAUUGAUCAACGUGCAGAACAGCACCUGCAAUUCCGUGGAGAACAUUAUCGCGGAACAGCCCCCGUCGCUCAGACGGGGCCGGAAGAGACGCUGUAAAAUGAAGCACUUGGAGCACAAUGGUUCCGUUAAAAGACUGAGACACGCGGCAGGGGAGGUGGGCUUGCCUCCUGAGGAUCGCUUGGUACGGGAGAUGGAGCAGAAGCUCCAGCAAGAGGAGGAGGACAGGAGGCUGGCCUUGCAUCUGCAGCGGAUUUUUGACAGCGAGAAUAGGACAGUGGAUAGGCGGAAAGUCCGAGUCGAUCGGUAUCUGCUGCGGUCGAAGAGCACUCUGGGUGCUAAGUAG